AAAAUAAUAAUAAUAAUUGCUUCUGUAAAAAUAAUAUUUUUAAUACCUAAAAGAAAUUAGUGAGUUAUUGAGUUAUUUGAGUCGCAAAGUUACGGCCAGUAAUUUGAUUAACUACGUGUAUUCCUUUUCCGUAAGGAACUCUCCCAGUGGCAUCCACACGCGUUAUCGUUGCUCUAAAACGCCGAGAUGUCGGGAGGAUCAGACAUUUUAAGUUUGAAGGAAGAUGAUGUGACUAAGAUGUUGGCUGCAUUUACCCAUCUGGGGACUGAUAAUGUUAAUUUCCAGAUGGAGCAGUAUGUGUACCAAAGACGUUCUGAUGGAGUCCAUAUUAUCAAUCUCCGACGCACCUGGGAAAAGCUCUUGCUGGCUGCUAGAGCUGUUGUAGCAAUUGAACAUCCUGCAGAAGUGUUCGUGAUAUCAUCUCGCCCUUAUGGUCAGAGAGCAGUUCUGAAGUUUGCUGCGCAUACCGGUGCUACACCAAUUGCCGGCCGUUUUACUCCUGGUGCCUUUACCAAUCAAAUCCAGGCUGCUUUCCGUGAGCCUCGUUUAGUGAUUGUGACAGAUCCUCAGCAAGAUCACCAACCAAUUACGGAAGCAUCAUAUGUGAAUAUCCCUGUGAUUGCCUUUUGCAAUACUGAUGCUCCACUUCGUUUUGUUGAUAUUGCCAUUCCUUGCAAUAAUAAGAGUGCCCAUUCCAUUGGCUUGAUGUGGUGGCUUCUGGCCAGAGAAAUUCUGCGAUUAAGAGGGGCAAUUAUCAGAGAAGCAAAAUGGGAUGUUGUUGUUGAUUUGUUCUUUUAUCGUGAUCCAGAGGAGGCUGAGAAAGAGGAGCAAGCAACAAAGGAGGUUCUGGCUGUGCCAAUCAAAACGGAAAUUCCAGAGUUUACACAGCCAUCGGAAGUAUGGGCUAGCGAUGUACCAGCAGCACCGGAAGCCUCUACCAACUGGGAUGCUGAAACUCCUGCUGUGCCAGCUGCGGCUGCUGCUGUGCCAGGUGUAACUCCCGUUCCGGGUGCCCCAGCUGUUGCUCCUGCUGCGGGGGCUGCUGCUGCACCUACUGCUGCCGCUGCUGCUGCCGCUGCUCCUGCUGCCUUCAAUGCGUCUGAUGAUUGGGCCAACCAGGUGGGUGAUGAUUGGGCACCUGGACCAACCACGACUACUGAGUGGGGAGGCAGUAACAACUGGCCUUGAACAACUUUUGUUCACAUACUGCUGUAAUGUGAAGGUUAAUAAAGUUUGUACAUGAAAAUGGUCUUUUUA